UUAACUGAGUUUUCUGGAAUUUUAUGGGUGUGCAGAACAUGAAGAAAGGAGUGCAUCCUCAGAUGCAGUGGAUAUCCUAUGUGACUCAAAGUGGCCGUUUAAUGAACAUUAUGAUGACCAAGAUACACCAGACUGGAAAGGUUUACCACAUCAAAGCAAAACGUCAAAUGGCUCAAAAAAUCGGGCAGAUUGCCAAGUUCAAUCUUCGCUAUGGACAGAAAGAAGAGGAAAGCCAGGAGAAAUGAUUUAUGGUAAAGUUGUUUAUGAAUGAAGAAGAACGAAUCCAUCAAACUGCACAUGGGAUAUGUCCUCUUUGCACUCUUUCUUCUAAAUUCAUUGAAUUUUGUCAAAUUCUUUCAUUUGACCUCCCACCCAUAAAGAAAGAUACAGUCUUUAGGCUUUUCUUUGUGGAAGAGGCAUUUACUUACAAGUUAUGAAACCAAUCUAGAUGCAUCAGUUAUUUAUCUUAAUUAUUAUUAUUAUUAUUAUGUUGUAUGGUAGAAUUGAAAUGACCAAAUUAUAUAUGGUCACCAACUUUAGACCAAAUUAAGCAUAUUCAUAUUAUUAUUA